UGAUGGUGAGGCGAACCAGAAGGCAGCUGCUUCGCCCACAGGAUUUACAUGAGGAUGAAUGGAGUUUUUUGCGUAACGAUAAAGCCAUGGAUUUCCCUGUACUGAAUCACCGUUUUCGCGCGAUGUUAAAUUCCGGAAGACCGACCUAACAUAAGGGAUUGUUUGCGGAAUUCGCAGGAUUCAGACUUGUUAAACAAAACAGAGAGGCUGCCCAUCCCUGGAGAUAGUGGGUUCGUUACAUCGGUUUGAAAUGUCCGACUUCCACAACCGGAGCCAAACCAACGCACGUCGCAGUGACUACGUGUGGCAGUAUGAAUAUUAUGACGACGAAGAGCCCGUGUCUUUUGAGGGACUCAAAGCGCACAGAUACUCCAUCGUCAUCGGCUUCUGGGUUGGACUAGCUGUUUUUGUUAUUUUCAUGUUUUUUGUCCUCACGCUGCUCACAAAGACAGGAGCGCCACACCAAGAAAACCCAGACUCUGCAGAGAAGCGUCAUCGACCAGGCAGCUGUCUGGUAGACAUUGGCAGUCCCCAGGAAGAAAAUGAAAAAGCCUUCUCCCGACCCUUGCUAGCGGAGUCCCGCACAUAUUUUCAUUUCUACAUAAACGAGGAGGAUCAGGGGAAGCAAAAAGUGGAGGAGGAGAGGGCUGGAAAGCACAACGGAGCCCGAGCGGGAGGCAGAGGUGUUAGCUCCUCGGGGAUGGACGAGAUGGAAGAAGACGUUGAGGAAGCUGGGGGACACAAACAUCUCAACGGACUAAUGGAAGACAGUAAUACAGACAGGGAAUGUGCCUUCUUUUCUCAUUUCAACAUACCUAACUUUGUGAACUUGGAGCACAGCUCAACACUGGGAGAGGAUGAUCUGCUGUAUGAGCCGUCUGCCAUUCUGGAGCGCCAGUCUCACUCUCACGAUGCUCACUGUGACAUCCACUGAGUGUUUGAUUCAACAUUUAUCAAAAGGCAUGGACUUGUUAUUAUUGUAAAGUUUGUAUUCCUUUCACAUAGCCAUUUGUGAUCUGACAGGUAGAAUCACACACCUGUCAGCCGCCUUUAGAAUUUGUAUCUUUUACAACGAGCAUAGAUUUCCAUCAACAACAGCGCACAAAAGGUGGCUCACAAACCCAUGCGAAGUGCAGCUGACAGUUAUGCGAUGACAUUUCUCAGAUAAAAUGGUCUUACAAACAGUACCUUUCACUUUGAGUACUGGGCUCCACUGAAUUAGACAUGGCUGUAUUGAAACAGGAGUACAGAUCUUUUUAGAGAAAAAUGAAAAGACAGUGGCCUCACCAAGCAGAGAAAUGUUGUAUAAUAUAUCCUGCUACUAAUGCUAUCUUGCUUUCAUGUUCGACUCUGAAAAAUGAACACAAAAGACAAAUACCUAGUGAACUAACAACAAGAUUAAAAGCAUGGAAUUCUAUCAUUUGUACUCCAAGGGCAGAAAAGGUGAAGUGUACUUCGACAGUAUGAUUAGUAGCAAAAAGCAUUGUUAUAUAUCACUAUUACAAGGUAGUGGACCCGUGACCUUUUACCUCUGAUAUAAUACUUUUGUACACCUCAUUACAUGUUAUAUGAUUUGUGUUGGUCUAAAUAAAGCCUCAAUGGUUUUCAACAUUCGACUCAACACUGACUCAACACUGGUGCUCAAACACCAAUGCCAGCUGCAAAAGGGAGCAAUAUCAAGCAAGGGAAAAAUUAGAUUUACUACCUACAGAAAACCGAGAAAAUAAACCACCAGCUGCUAAAGACAGGAGACAAAAGACAACUCCAGAUAAAUGUUAACUUUUGCUAUAAACUGUUUUGAUUACAAUACAAUACUGUGCUAAAAGUUGUUAGUGCUGCCCCCUUGUGGCAAGAAAAAGUGAUUCGCCAGGUUUAAUUCAUACUUUGGAGUAAUCUGGUGAAAGUCUAGUAGAA